AUGUUCCGCAACUCAUCGCUCCGUACGGCGCGCGCUGUGCGCGGCGCCUCCAAGCGCCGUCUUCACCUCGAGUCCAACUCUGGUGCCGGCCUCCUCUCCAAGUACAUCCCAGGAGCGCGUGUGACGGCUGAGACGUCGACUGCUGGCGUCCCGAUCCGCCUGCUUGCUUCGCGCGGUCUCAACGUUCCCGUCUUCGAGGCUGAGAAGGACGGCAAGUCGGUCGUCCUCCCUCUCGACAUUACUUCGGCGAGUCUGCCGGCUGGGACGAAUGCUUGGCUUGGCGACAUUGGAAUCCAGGCCGGCGAGCGUGAGGCAACCACCAAGGCUCUGCAGGGUGUAUGGGAUGCGUGGCGCAAUAACGGCCUACUGCGUGUGUCGGGCAAGAUUGAGUCGAACGGGCACGGCACCGAGCUCACGGGCGUCAAAGUUAUCGCCGACGAUUUUGCCCUCACCAAGUAUCCCGAAACCAAGGCGCUCGGGGACGAGAAGAGGAUUCACCCUCUCGAGCGGACGGCCGCCGAGGGCUCGCUCUUCUACCACAAGAACCGGACGGGCGGUAACAUUGCGUGUUAUGGUUACGGCGCUGGCAUUGCCAUGAGCUCGAUGGACGCACUCGUCGCCGAGGGCGGCACUCCCGCCAACUUCCUCGACGGGGGUGGUGGCGCGACUGUUGCCAAUGUCAAAGCGGCCAUGAGCGUCGUCAUGAACGACCCAGACGCCAAGGUCAUCUUUGUCAACUCGUUUGGCGGUAUCACCAAGAUGGACCUGAUUGCCGAGGAGAUGGUCAAGUACAUCAACGCGUGCAAGGCAGAGGGCAAGCAUGUGCCGCGGAUUGUUGCGCGUCUCCGCGGGACGGGCGAAGAGAGCGCUCGCGAGAUCCUCAAGAAGGCGGCCAUCCCCGAGAUCGAAUACUUCUCCGACCUACGUCCCGCCGCCGCCGAGGCUGUCAGGCUUGCCGGCGGCCCCAAACACGCCGAGAGCAGCUCUGCAGCGGCAGCUGCGGCCGCUUCCGUGCCCGUUACUUUCUCGCGUGAUGGACAAUAUGAGCAGACGCUGCGUAACCUCACCGUAACGAAGAACGACCCCGUGAUGGUCCUCGGCGCAGGCAAGGCAUCGCAGGCCAACAACCUGAUCUCUAAGAACUACGGCACCAACAUUGUCGGCACUGUUGCGCCCAAGAAGGGUGGACAGGAGAUGGUCGGCAAGCCCGUCUUCAACACUGUCAAGGAGGGUGUUGCAGCGCUCAAGCCCCGCAUUGCAUCCGUGUUCGUCCCCCCCUUUGCGGCCGCCGACGCGAUCAUCGAGUGUAUCGAGGCCGAGAUCCCGCUUGUCGUUGCAUACGCCGAGGGCAUCCCAACUCAGGAGCAGCUCAAGGUCCAGCGCGCCCUGCGAUCGCAGAACAAGACGCGCGUCGUCGGCGCCAACUGCCCCGGUGUCAUCUUCCCCCACGAGCGCAUCAAGCUCGGCAUCCAGCCUCUCCAAGUCCACUCUCCCGGAUGUGUCGGUAUCGCCACACGUUCCGGCACGAUCUCUUAUGAGCUGGCCGCUCAGACCACCGCCCUCGGAUUAGGACAGAGCGCAGUCUACGGUCUUGGCGGUGACCCCUUCCCCUCCACGCGGACAUGGGAGGCUCUCCAGCUCAUCCUGGAUGACCCCAAGGCCAAGUUUGGCGUGCUGGUCGGCGAGGUCGGCGGACAAAUGGAGGAGGAGGCCGCACAGGUGUACCAGGACUACCUUGCCAACCUGAAGCCUGGGGAGGUCGCCAAGCCUAUUGUCGGCUUUGUGGCGGGUGCCGCGACUGAACGCGGGCUGAUGUAUGGCCACGCUGGCGCUGUGUGGUGGAACCAGAACGAGACGGCCGUCGCCAAGCGCCAGGUCUGGAAGGACGCCGGCUUCAUCAUGGCCGACACCCUCGGCGACCUUGGGCCGCUCAUCAAGGAGACGGCGGACAAGAUGGGUCUGUAA